GUUCUUUUUAUUCAGUUUUCACUUAACUCUCAUCUCUCUCUCUCACCGUCACCGGCCCACUCGAAGCUCAACGUCACCGGCCUACGCCCUUGAUCCACUCCGUCGAACCAAGCCGUUGACCCACUCCGCCGACCCACGCCGCAGACCCAUCUCACUCACUCUCGAAGUCUCUGCUCUGACCUUGUCGUCACAGACCCACGACAAGAGCUCCUCCUCCUUGCAGUCGUUUUCACUUCAGGUAUACAUUUCCAAUAUAUUUCGAGCUAGCUAUAUUUUCAACCAAUGGAAUCCUCCUCUUCCAAAAUGAGCCAUGCUCCAGAAAGUAAUGAGAGAGAAGAGUAUCAAUUUGAUUCAGAAAUCGAUAACAAACUCAAAGAGAUCAUGUCAAGCGUCCCAAGAAAAAAGGGUGUUGCCUUGACUGAUCUUUACCAAUAUGAAGGUUUUUGGUACUCUUUAGCCUGGUUAGAAGGGAUGUUACGGGCUGAAAAACAUUUCAAGCCUCAACCCAACCAAGUGAUCUUGAGCAGUUUUCCAAAAUCUGGCACAACUUGGCUUAAGGCUUUGAUCUUUGCCAUUAUGACACAAUCCCAAGUUAGUGAGCCUACUAACCCUUUACUCACAAGAUUAUCACAUGAGUGUGUACCCUUCAUUGAGACUGAUUUUCGCUCAAACUCACCAAAAUUGAAUCUAGAUGUUCCACUUAUGGCUACACACAUGUCCUAUACUUCCUUACCAAAAUCUAUUAUAGAUUCUGGUUGUAAAAUUAUUUACAUAGGCAGGGAUCCAAAGGAUGUACUUGUGUCUACAUGGCACUUUAUUCACAAGGUACUAGUUAAUAAGGAAUUCCCAACCAUGAGAGAUAUUCCUUUGGAGGAUGCAUUUGAGUUCUUUUGUCAAGGAUUAUCUUUUUGUGGACCAUAUUGGGAUCAUUUAUUAGGGUACUGGAGAGCAAGCUCUGAAUCACCAGAGAUGAUAUUGUUUUUAAAGUAUGAAGAUUUGAAGAAUGAAACUGGAUAUUGGAUAAAGAAAAUUGCCCAAUUCAUAGGUUACCCUUUCUCUUUAGAGGAAGAAGAUAAAGGUGUGGUGCAAAAGAUUAUAGACCUAUGCAAUUUUGAGAACAUGUCUAGUUUGGAGGUGAGUAAAAAUGGAAUGAUAUGGUUGGAGAAAAAUGGAGUCAAUACGAUGGAGAUUAAAAACAAUACAUUUUUUAGGAAAGGUAAGGUUGGAGACUGGAAGAAUCAUCUCACACAUGAAAUGGCAAUGCAACUCGAUCAAAUAUUCGAGCAAAAGCUAACUGGUUCGGGUUUGACAUUCAACGUCCCACCCCCAUCUAGUAGAUGAGCAACGCCACUUCCAUCACAAUCCGACGACUAAAUAUAUUCUAGCACUGUGGCUGUUUCUAUUUUGUUUUCAUUAUUUGAAGGAUAUGUAUGGCACCAUUUUUAAAAAAAAAAUUAUUUUUCAUUUGUAGGUUGUAUGGAUAAUUUAGUCACUUGCAGGUGACUACAUUAUUAAUAUAUUUUCUAGUGUCUUGUAAGAGUUGAAACUUGAUUUUAUUUUAUUUUAUUUUAAUUUAAUAAAUUGAUAGUUACAACACGAAGGAAGGAUUUGAACCUUA